AUGGAUGAAUCUAGAGCAGAGUUCAGGGGCCUCACCUCCCCUCCUCACUACGCUGCUGACUCCAUUCGAGACUUUGCAAUUUCACACUAUCAAGAGGAUUUAAUGUCCAUCCUGCAAUCCACCAAUGUUGAGGGUCAUUACAGUAUAACAGUGAGGUUCUCCGAGAUGAUGAAUCACGAUGUGUAUGUGAGUGAGGCAGUGAUGAAUGAUCCUAUCAUCAUGCUGGAGGAGUUGAGGAAGGGGUUCUCAGCUGCCUGUCGUAGGCUGUUCCUUGCUGCCCAAGAAUCCCAACAACUAGACCUCACUGUGAAGGCCAACAUUCACAUUCGACUCUCUGAUCUGCCAGUGUGCCCAGAAGUACAUCGGGUGAAUCUGCCUGGGGCAAGUGAUGUUGGGCGCCUCCUGUGUAUCACAGGAACUGUCAUCCGGACUACUGGUGUCAAAAUGCUUGAGUACCAACGGGAAUUCAUCUGCUCCAAGUGUAAACAUAUAUUUGGGGUCAAGGCUGACUACGAAAAGUAUUACACCAUGAGUCGGCCAAUGAUGUGCCUAAAUCCUGAUGGCUGCAGUGGAACCAAUUUCACCAGACUAGGGAGCAUUGACCCAGUUUUCUGCAAGGAUUAUCAGGAGAUCAAAAUCCAGGAACGGGCAAGUCACCUGGGACUGGGAAGGAUCCCACAAUCCAUGUGGGUGACUCUGGAAGAUGACCUGGUGGAUUCUUGUAAACCAGGUGAUGAUGUCGUCAUCAUAGGGGUGAUACGGAGACGUUGGAAGCAGAUGAAUCGAGACAUGAGACCAGAUAUCAACCUAGUAAUCCAAGCCAAUCACAUCCAUGUCAACAAUAAACAGAGGCCUAUCAUCUCUAUUGAUGGACAUUUUACGGAGGAAGUGGAAGAGUUUUGGAGAACAUAUGAGCAUGCUCCAUUAGAUGGGAGGAAUUUCAUCCUUGCCAACCUUUGUCCUCAGAUAUUUGGACUGUAUACUGUGAAGUUGGCACUGGCCCUGGUCAUGGCAGGAGGAGUGAGAAAAGUGGAUCCAUCAGGGACUCGCCUCCGUGGAGAAUCCCAUCUUCUCCUUGUUGGAGACCCUGGUACAGGGAAAUCUCAGAUUCUGCGUUAUGCAGCCAGGUUGAGUUCUCGCUCUGUCCUGACCACAGGGAUUGGCACCACCAGUGCUGGCCUUACUGUUUCUGCCAUCAAGGAUGGAGGGGAAUGGCAGCUUGAAGCAGGGGCCCUGGUUUUAGCAGAUGGAGGAGUGUGUUGUAUUGAUGAGUUCUGUUCCAUUCGAGAACAUGACCGUGCCAGUAUCCAUGAAGCACUUGAACAACAGACCAUCAGUGUGGCCAAGGCUGGGCUGGUGUGCAAGUUGAACACCCGAUGUACUAUCCUGGCUGCCACAAAUCCAAAGGGAAGCUAUGAUCCAGAAUCUCCUCUUUCGGUGAAUACAUCCCUGGCCAGUCCUCUUCUCAGUCGCUUUGAUCUCAUCCUCACUCUGUUGGAUAACCGCAAUCACAAUUGGGAUCUGGCCAUGUCAGACCACCUGCUUGGAGGGAAAAAGAUUGAAGAGACAGAGGAGGAGGAGGAGGAGUCAUUGUGGGGUUUAGAGAAGCUACGGGCCUAUUUCUCAUACAUCCGUGGACUCCGUCCUGGGUUGUCAGAAGAUGCCUGUGUCAUUCUCCGGCACUAUUAUGCAGCCCAGCGUAAGUCCUCCAUCAUGGGGAAUCUUCGUGUCACCAUCCGCCUCCUGGAGAGCCUCAUACGGCUGUCUCAAGCUCAUUCAAAGCUGUGCUGUUCGGAGGAAGUACGGGUGAUGGAUGCAGUAGCAGCAGUAGCUAUCAUGGAAUCAAGUCUCCGUGGUGGGGUCAUUCUCCCUCCCACCAAUGCCCUUCACACUGCUUUUCCCAAGGAUCCCAUGCAAGAAUAUCAUGCACAGAUGUCCCUGAUCCUGGAUAAGCUGGGUUUACAUGAAAUUUUGAAGAAGGAAAUAGCCUGGUUGAACUCCUUGAAGUCAGGGACACCCCAACCUCAUCCCCGUCACCCACUCACCAGUCAGCCAAUGGAAAUCCAUGAUGAGAACUUGGAGUUUCUGGAAGGGGAACGGAACUUCCUGCAGAGUGUUGUGUCAGGCAAGACUGAGAAUGAUGGAUGUGAAAAUCAUUCAGAAUGGUUCCAAGCCUCUCAAGCGACAUCUGGCAGUUCUGUUCCCAGAUUGACAAAAGUCAGUAGUGUGCAAGAUCCAACUGGUAGAGAUGAACUAGGUACAGGUCAUUCCUGUGAGCUAGAAAGCUCAUUCCAAGACAUUCCAAGGAAUGUCAAAGACAGCAAAGAGGGCAAGUGCAAACGAGAUUCAUCCCUCAAUGAGAUGCAAGGUCCCUCAUCAAAGAAGUCAAGAUUCCACUUCAAGAGGAAUCUGUCACCCAAAGAAAUAAGGUGCGAAGAGGUUGAGGAAGUUAACACAUGUGGACCGAGCCAUGAUGUUGGGAGCGCUCAAGUGGAUGUCUCCAACUUCCUCAAGAAGUUUGCAUUCAAAUUGGCUAAGAAAACCCAGAGAGCCAAAGUACCUGGGAAGUCUCAAGUGGAUCAUCCAACUCCUUCAGUGAGACUAAGAUGCCGCUCCAACCCUGACCCUGAGCCAGAUGACCAUGAAAUGCUGACAUCAGAGGACCCUCAUCAAUUGAUGGGAGUCAAUUCUCAAGAGGAGAAAAGAAAAGCAAAAGCAGCUGCAUUGGCCAGUCUUAUCCUUUCCAAGUUACAGCCUGGUCAAAAGCAACAAGGAUGUGCUUCCAUGGGUGGAUGGGAGUCUGCCCAAGAAGGAGACGGUGGAUCUACUUCCAUGACCUCAUGCUUGCUUGAAUCAGCACAAAAGACCAAGACACAGAAGUUCUCCAGUUCCACUGCUGCCAAACUCAGGGAAUUUCAGUUUUGUGAUGAUGAUAUAAUCAAUGACUAA